AUGUCCAAUCUCGACAUCGAACGCGCUGGCCGGCCGACGAACGGAAAAGUUCAUGGCGCUCAAGCGGCUGCGGCGGCAGCGGAUCCAUCGCCAUUCUAUGACGAGUCAGAUUCGAGUGUUGGGAGGGAAUGGACGGCGUGGAUCGUGCAUGUGUUCGUGGUGGCGAAUGUGUUGAUCUUCUUGGUGGUCAUGUUUAUAAACAACUGCCCUGGACAUUACAAUCCAUACGGCUCAUGCGUUGCGAAAUUUCUUCAUCGAAUAUCUUUUCAGCCGCUGCGACAGAAUCCCAUCCUUGGGCCUUCGUCAUCCACAUUGGAGAAGUUGGGUGCUCUUGUAUGGGACAAGGUUGUUAAUCAACAUGAAGGGUGGAGGCUCAUCACAUGCAUUUGGUUGCAUGCUGGUGUUAUCCACUUGUUGGCCAAUAUGCUCAGUCUGGUUUUUAUAGGGAUUCGCCUUGAGAAGCAAUUUGGUUUUGUGCGGAUAAGCAUAAUAUACCUUCUAUCUAGGUUUGGAGGAAGUAUCCUGUCAUCGCUAUUUAUCAGAAACAGUAUUUCUGUUGGUGCUUCAGGGGCUUUAUUUGGGCUUCUUGGAGCAAUUCUUUCAGAGCUUAUUACAAACUGGACCAUCUAUAGUAACAAAGCAGCAUCACUACUGACACUGUUGCUUAUCAUAGCGAUCAACUUAGCUAUUGGAAUACUUCCGCAUGUUGACAAUUUUGCUCAUAUUGGAGGAUUCGUAACUGGUUUUCUUCUAGGAUUUGUUUUGUUGCUCCGACCUCAGUUUGGUUGGGUGGAACGCCACAAUCUGCCCGCUGAAAGCCUGGUUAAAUCAAAGCACAAGGCUUAUCAAUAUGUCUUGUGUGUGAUCGCACUGCUUUUACUGAUAUCUGGGUUUACUGUUAGUUUGGUGAUGUUGUUUCGAGGGGUGAAUGGUAAUGAUCAUUGCAAAUGGUGUCACUAUAUAAGCUGUGUGCCCACCUCAAAAUGGAGUUGCGGGAAUUGA